GCCAAUCGGUUCGUCGUUCGAAGGGAAAUGUCGUUGAUAGCGUUCUACUUCCCGGAUCGGUUUACUCAUUGUUCGAAGCUUAUCAGCGGUGGGUUUCCAGGGAUCUCGUCAACGUCCAAGUUCUGCAACUUGUUUUCCCUUACACGAGACGGCGGGAUCUUGAUCGAAACUCUUUCACCUAGGGAAACAGCUGUGGUAGUUUAGUCGUUGCGUGCGAAAGGUAUAAUUCUGAAUUUUAUUCGUAGAAUAAGUGUACAAAAUGUCUCUGUAUCCUACACUCGAGGACAUGAAGGUGGACCAAAUGAUAAAGGUUCAACAGCAGAUAGAGUCACAGUACAAUGUUCCAUCGGUGCCACAAAUACAGAAUGUCCCAUCUGCACCACCGUACAGUUCAUCCAUGGUAUUGUAUCCUUCGUUGGGAGAAUACAUGGGAUUGGAACUGAUCAGGGAAGCGUUAGAUGAGAACAUACCUGAAUAUGCUCUUGCAACUAAUAAUGUAAGUAUGACGGUCAGUGUACCUGAGACAUCCGGGGCCCUUGCCGGUAUGGUUGCACCAUUAUCUGGCCAGUCGGUAGGAUUACAGAGGGCAAAUGUUACGCAUGGCAUACGGGAGUUAAUACUAUGCAAAGAUAAAGAUGGUAAAGUUGGUCUGAGGGUGCACGCUGUGAACAACGGUAUUUUCGUGUGUCUCGUAAAUCAAAAUUCUCCUGCUGCACUCGCCGGUUUGCGAUUUGGCGAUCAAAUUUUAAGUAUUAACGAUGUCUCCGUCGCUGGAUACACAAUGGAACGAGCCCACAAAAUGUUGCGCGAAGCCGAUGUUAACGGCAUCAGAAUAGUACUACGCGAUAGACCAUUCGAACGGACACUAACUAUGCACAAAGAUAGUUCAGGUAAUAUCGGAUUUCAAUUUAAAAAUGGACGAAUAAUCGCCCUGGUUAAAAACUCUUCUGCUGCGCAAAAUGGCCUCUUAACGGACCAACAAAUCCUAGAAGUUAACGGAAAGAACGUUGUUGGUUUGAAAGACAAGGACAUCACGGCAGAGAUUAAAAAUGGCGGAAACGUUAUUACGAUAACGAUUAUACCAUCUUAUAUCUACGAUCAUAUGAUUAAAAAAAUGAACCCCAGCUUACUGAAAACGUUUAUGGACCAUUCCGUACCGGACGAUCAAGGUAGAUUGUGUACGUUCUUCUAAAGAGUUAAUACUUAAAGUAUCCUCGUCUUUGGUCGAUUUCUAUUUUGAAAUUCAGAUUUAGAUUUGAUGUAUCAGUCUCGAUAGGACAAGCACUACGUGUACAGUAGUCAUACACCUGACACUGUUGUGACUACAAACGAUUUAAAAAAAGAAAAAAUUGCCAAUGAAAUUAUUCGAAGUCUCGCACUCUAUCUUACAUUUCUACGCAUUUAUUUCUUGAUAUGCACAAACUUUAAUUACGCAAAAGAACAAUUAUUUAUUGACGCAACGUUAAGUAUUUACAUUCUACGAAUAACUUCGCCAAUAUAUUGUUAUCUAUAUACAAAAUAGAUUUACAAUUAUUUAUAAAAAUCUUGUAGCUUUAAUUGAUCACGUGUUAGAGGCAAGUUUACAAUGUAUAAUUAAAUUUAAAAUCAUGUGCCCAAAUAAUAUAAGUUAUACCACUUAAAAGUUUCUAUAACGUUAAUGGUUCUCUAUACGAUUUUAUUUUGUAAAUAAUUAUGUAGCUCGUUUAUCAAUGUUAUCACGAUUUUUACUUUACGAUACUCAAAUGAACGUUCUAGAUGAUAUAUCUUUUUCCUCGUUAAUGUGCUGUGCCAACAAUUAACGAUUGUAAGUUAUAUGGUUAGGUGGUUAAGGUGGAAAUAAAAUGUUGUACGCAAAUAA